AUGGCAUUGACCCUGCCCGCGCGCUGGCAAUCCAAAAACAUGAUCGAUGGCUACCUUCGCCAUCAGUGGCCUCCCAAGACUCACUUGGAGCUCCGCCCGUCCGGGUUGGACUGCCUCAUCGCGGUCAUGCGACACAUGGUGUCGUACCUCCCACAGGAGCGUCGCGACUUGACCCUCAACUGGGCCAAAGAAGGCGACGACCUCGCCAAGUCAUUUUGGGGCCUGGUCUGGCUGGACUAUGACAAAGCCGGAGCAGAGGCGACAGACGUCCUGCGUGGCAAGUUCUUGGAUGAGUACAGCAAGAACAAAACAGCAAGGAACGGCAACCCUCCGUUUCAGACGUUGCUUGAUUCGCCUCGGGCAUUCAUGUCUGACUUCUGGUCCCAGCCGGAGAUGUUGACACUCAGUCUCUGCAUGGUCUGCGAUCGAGAGCAAACAUGGUACCAGGUCAUGCAGCAUCGCUUGCGCUUGAUGUGGCAGGGUGAUAUCACCCUACGGGAAUGUGUCAACAAUAUUGCGCGCCACCGUGUCGAUGAGUCGUCUGACUACCCCGAGAUGUUUACAGAAUUUGCAGCGCCAGAAAUUCUGCCCAUCAGAUAUUUGCCUUCCGGUCACCGGGUCCAGAAUUUCUACGACCAGAUCAGAGGCUUCAUCGUCGAGCUGUAUGAUUUCGACGAUCAAGAUCGCUACGUCGUGCAAGAAGAGACUUGUUAUCGCCUGAUAGCAGUGGUUAAGCUCAGAGGCACGCCCGAUGGGCACGAUGCCGUGCGCUUAUACCGGCCCAAUGGCGUCAUGAGCGGUUCCUGCACGGAGACGGACUAUUUCCCGACGUCCUGGACUGUCUCCGAUUCCGAGCCAUACACUCUGGUGUACGCCAGAUUCGAAUUACCCGACAUGUACGACUUUGUCCGGUACCCCGAGCUACCCGUUGACAGGCAAGAUGUGCGUGACUUGAGAUUGGCCAAUCCACAGCAUGGCCAGGAGGCUUCAGACAAUCUGGGUCAGGGCACUUCUGGUCAAUCGAGCCAGGAGAGUCAAGACACUUCUAGUCAGACGAACCAGGAGGCUUCUGGCACACCCAGGCAGAGCACUUCUAGCAGACCAAACCAAGAUACUUUUGGCAACCCGAGUCAGGAUGUUUCCAACAGACCGAGCUAGGACACUUCUGGCAGAUCGAUUCAGGGUACUCUUCCAAUCCGAAGUCGACAGACUUCUUCCAAUUGAAAUCGGCAGACUUCUCGUAAUCGAGGUCUUGAGAUACCGUACAACCGAGGUCGUUAGACUCCUUCGCGCAUGUCACGGCACCAUAUAAUAUAACUUGGCACCUUCAGCGUUCCGGCACCGAAGCCCAGCCGUCCCUUAGUUAAGCCUCUACUUGGCUCAUAUACAUAGUCCGAGAGUAGAGUUUUUAAUACUCUCUUCCGAUCUUCUUCUCUUCGUACAAUAUUACGUCUUUUCCAAGUCCUCUUUGGUUGGCAUUGUAACAGCGCACUACAUACGCGGACUAUAUACGUGGAAUAGUUGACUGUACUUAGUUGGCCUACUAUAGAGUAAUUAGAAAGAUACGUUUGUUGUACGUACCUUUAGGCAAACCCUAUAAAGUAAUUAAAUAAAUAAGAACUAACUUC